UAUUUUUCCAAGAUGUUCUUCUCUUCCCAACAUAAGAGAGACAAUGUAUUUUUAACCUCCAUAAAUGUUAAAAUAAAUUUUUCUGGUUUCAAAUAUCUCAUUUAUCGAGGUUUACCGUAAAUUUUCAAGAUGAGUAGAUGACUCCUCAGUAUCAAACAGUGCUAUAUAUUAAGCUAAGUCCUUGGUUUUUUCAGUACCUGAGUGUUCUGUAAAUAACAACAUUUUGAAACUUUCGGUAUAUAAGCAGGCCAAGAGUGUACCUGCAGAACAGAAUUGUGAGUGAAAAUGGUGAAAGAAUCAUCAGGAGUUAUGGCAAAACCUGCAUGGCUAGAAGGCUUAUUGUCUGAAACAUUCUUUGAUGCUUGUGAGCUUCAUCAAACUACCAGAAAGAAUGAAAAGAACAUCUUGUGCUUGAUCUGCUGUCAAAGUCUCUGCCCUCAUUGUCUUCCUCAUCAUCACUCUCAUCCUGUUCUUCAGGUGAGGAGAUAUGUUUACCAGGAUGUCAUUCGACUGGAGGACCUGGAGAAGCUGAUUGAUUGUUCCCAUAUCCAGCCAUACACCAUAAACAAAGCGAAAGUAAUAUUCUUGAAGCCAAGGGCACAAUCCAAGUCUUCUUACAAAGGGUCUGGCAAUAAUACUUGCUUCACCUGUGAAAGAUUUCUUCAGGAGCCGUUUCAUUUGUGUUCUCUCUCAUGCAAGGUUCAAAACAUGGUUAAUCAAGGUGAUGAUGUUUCUAGCAUCACAUAUGGGUUUGAUGAAUCUGAGUUCCACUUCUCUCAAUUCCAAGGGCUCGAAAUGGACCACAGUAGCCCCAGCAACCUCGAAAAUCCAUCACAUGAGUUCGAAGGCUCAUCGUGCAAUGGUCAUGACAGGGGCAGUUCAGAGUAUCCGCAACAGAUGAUGCUGUCUUUCCACAACAGGAGAAAGGGAGCUCCUCAGAGAUCUCCCUUGGCUUAGAGAAGUAUACUUAAACUAUGAUGAGAACUUGUGCACCUCUAGUUUGCGUAAACUUAUCAUCGUUUUUUCUUGCUGAUUAUCGCUAUGUAUGUUGUCUUUUGCAUUGCUCGAAUAGUUGAUACUUCUUUCUGCAUGUAAUAUUUUGGCAAGUUGCUUUUAUUCAGCGAGGCCACAUUUAGGCUUACAAUUGAAAAGAAAUAUUUCAACAUCUGUACUAGAUUAUGGUAAUGGAACAAGCAGAAUUUUAGCUGUUGGU